AUGUCGAGUCUACGGUAUGUAAGGCCAUCUCGGUCUAGUUUAGCAUACAACCACAACCACAACCACCACUCGGGUACGGACAAAAGUUCAGUGCUUGCCAGAGGUGACUGUUCCGUGCAUCCCGCCGAGUGUCUAGCACAUCUUUACGCGCAGAGAUCUCCUCACAGAAUGUCUCCCAGUCGUAAAGUAGGCCGGUACUCUUCCCCUCUCUCCGCCCGAUUCGCGAUGCUCCCACCCUGA